AUGGAAGUUUAUCUCUAUAAUUCGAGUGUUUGUAGACUUUGUGGUGAAGAAAACGACAAUGGUACUUUACUGUACACAGAUGAUGAAAAUAAUCAAACGUUAAAUGAAAUCAUAAAUACUUAUUUACCUUUAAAGGUGUCUGAUGAUGGUCAGCUUCCUCGUACUAUUUGCCCCGGGUGUACGAUUCAAUUAGAAGCAACAGUAGAGUUUUUUAACCUUAUUAUCAACGGCCAGAAAAUUAUUCGCGACCUACAUGAAAGAGAAAUUGAAUAUAAGAAAAACCUUGCAAUUAGUGAAGUUUCAGACUCAGAAGUGCUUGCUGAAAAUAUAGUAUAUGAAAUAAAUACAAGUGAUGGAGUAUACCAUGUUGAACAUCCUAUCAGUCUGCAAAUGGCAGGACUGGAUAAACCCAAACGAAAGCGUGGCCGGCCCUCCAAAAAGUCCAAAAGUCCUGAAGAAAUAGCACAGGAGGCCGCAGCUGCUGUUGCAGCACAAGAAAAAGAAGCGAGGCAAAGGGCUGAACGGGCGCAGGAAGAGAAUCAUGGAAAAAGGAGAAGAAAAACUCCUUCUAGGCUGCGAGAAACCGUACAGGGCAGGGAACUGGAAAAAAUCUUCAUUGAAGAAGGUGUAAUAGACAAAGCAGAGAGUGAACCUGAUGUAGCUUUAAAAGAGGAGAGCCAAGAGUCUAAACAGCCUUAUAUCAAACUGAUUGGUCAUGUCGCUAACUCUGGGGAACCUGUACUUCUUCAAAGAGGAAAGGGAAGAGGCAGACCUAGGGGUGUGGGCCGUAGUAGGUUGUCACCUUCUCAAUGUGCGCAAUGUGGAAUGCAGUUUUCAACAAGUGGUCGCUACAUGUCACAUAUCGCUAUGCACAAAGCCAAUCCACUCUUCAAUCCAACCCCACCAAACAACUCUGUAGAAAAUCUUGAAGUUGCUGACACGCAACCUAAGGUCCCAAAAGAGGAGAUGAGUAAUGAAAAUAUAGCAGAAAACGAUGAUAAAGAACAUCCAGGAAGAGAGCAGGCAAACAAUUGUGAUAAAUCUAGUAAUCCCAACACCACCGAAGACAAAACUAAAUCACCAGGAAACGAAGCAGAUGGGGAAACUGCUGUUUCUAGAAAAAAACUGAAAUGCAAUUAUUGUGAUAAGGAGUUUAGCACACGACAAAGCAAAUCCAUGCAUAUAAAGGCGGUGCAUAAGCUCGAGCGGCCCUAUACGUGCAAAGAGUGCGGCCAGUCUUUUCCGUACCCGCGCUCGCUCGCACUUCACACGAUAGCGCACAGGCGACAUCGUGCUGCAGCUGGCUACGCAUGCGACAUUUGUGGCAAAAUUUUAAGCCACCCGUCAUCUGUGCUGUACCACAAGCAGUCUGUGCAUUCUCGAGAGCGCUACGUGUGCGGUGCAUGCGGGAAGACUUUCCACCACCGGCAGCUGCUCCAGCGGCACCAGCUGGUUCACUCCGCAGACCGUCCAUACCAGUGCGAUAUUUGCAUGGCGACAUUCAAGACAAAACCCAAUCUGCAAAACCAUCAUAUGCUCCACACUGGCAUCAAAAAGUUCAGUUGCAGCUUAUGUAGCCAGCGUUUCUCGCAUAAGACGACUUUCACUUUGCAUAUGCGUAUGCACACAGGCACCAAACCGUUUGCAUGCGGAACGUGCGGUAAGAGCUUCUGUCAGAAGGGUAACCUGACAGAACACGAACGCAUCCACACCGGGGAAAAGCCAUUUGUUUGCGACGUCUGCCCGCGCCGCUUUACCACCUCUUCGCAGAGACGUUUGCAUACAAUAAGACACCAUUUACGUGGGGACACCGCAGAUAUUAAUGUGUCUCAUCAAGAACCUCUGCCCGUAAUAAGGCAAGAAAAAGAGAAAAGUUCACAGGCAGGAGUAAACGAACACAGUCUCCUAGUCAAGCGCUCUUACCAAACUCCCGCUAAGAUUAACAAGAAGAUGAGCUUGUUAGUAAACGGUGAGACGCCCACGAUACACCAGGACGCAGAACCCGUACCAGAUUCUUCACCAGGUGGCGAUGAUGAUGUAAUAUACGUCGCAUAUGAUGUUGAUAAUGAAAAAUCUUCCACGUUUCAUAUUAUCAAUUCAGAAGAGGUUACCAACUUGGACAAUGAAAAAGUGCUGGCAACCUGCGAGCUAUACACUGGCCCGUCAAUUGUUGCUCAAGAAGAUGUUGAGGUAGAACUUGGUCAAGAACAUUUCGCCACACUUCAAAACGAACAGGUGCAAAUAAUACGGGGCCAGGCCCCAUCGCCUUUGCACUUCCGAAUGCAAGAUGGCACCAUGUUGACAGUGGCUUCCCUGGACGGUGAAACUCUUCAGAUAUUAACACAAGAUGGAGAUUCGAUACCAGUCGAGGUGAAUGAGUACGAAGGAGAAACGGAGAAUGCGACACAAGAUUCCCUCCAAUCGCUGCCCGAAGUCAAUAGAAGAUCAGUUUCAACCAUAGACAAGCCCACGCAAUACUUCACCAUCGUAUAA